CUUUCAAUGAAUGUGGAGUAGAGAUAGCAAACGUUUAUUCUCGCUCGUGUUCCGUCACUAAUGCCGUAAUGGAGUUCCGAAAAAGAUCAACGAAAGCCGGCCGGGCUGGUCGAUCUAUGGCUGCUCUAUCAGCACAAAGACAACAUGCCUGGUCAUGGACGCUGAGGCACUGAAGAGGGCUCUGGAAACCUCUCCAGAGGAUGUGAUUGGAUCUGAAGACAGGUGUCACUCUGUGUCUGCCGUUUUGGAUGGACAGGCGAGAUGGUUGGCUCUCAAUCUGGAUCAAAGGCGAGAAGCAGCAGAUACCCUGAGCGCAGAGGUGGACGACUUCUGGACCCGUCUCGGGCACUUUUGGACGGUCAUAGAGCGCGGCUUAGCUCCUAGAGCCAACGAUGACCCCGCCGUCGAGCUUGCAGGCAUCCAGCUCGCCACUGCCCUCGCGAAGUUUGAGAGAAAUCUUAUUGCUGGUAUUCAAGAUCAUCAAUAUCAGGCACUUAACCACGAGCCAUGCGUACGGAGAAUCAUCUUCAACAUCACGACCUUCACCAGGAUUGAAGAUUCGCGAUUUUUCACCCUACAAGCAAUCAUGGCUCAACUGCUCUCCAAUCUCAUAUCACCCAUAUCAGCCAAUGAUCAGUCCAACGACUUCACCAACAAAUCACUUUCUACGUACCUCUCAGGAGCUCGGGAGGACGACAAUGUCGUCCGACUGCUCGAUUCUCAGGAUACCAAAGUCAUCGAAUCAACUUUGCGCAUGUUGGACAACUUGCUCCGAAAUUCUCGUGGUCGACAGGAGAAAGUAUUGACAUUGGAGGGUCGAUCAUGGCUCUCCAAGAUUUUGGGACGCAUGGACGCUUGGCACGAUAUGGAGGACUCUCGAUUCGCCCUUGGUAACAGUAUCUUUGCCCAUUUUCUGCGGAAUGACUCGACUGGGCAGCUCUACGACUUGUUGUCAGACACCACAGAGCCGAUGACUCCGUCCCAAGGGACGCUGCUGAAGUUGAUCGAUGCUGAUCUAGCCUCUCGGUCAGCUUUUCUCUUUACGAAUCCAUCGCCUCAAACAUCCCUCACAUUCCUCGUCAGAUCUUUCAGAGACUUGGCUCGGUACGCAUUAAUCUCUAUGCAAUCUGGCCAAGAUGACGCGCGACUGCCCAAAGUCUUUGAAGGACUGAUAUUGGUCGCAGAGGCGCUGAGCAGUGUGGGUCUAAAAUCGCAAGAACGAAAAGACAGCAACGAGGCUCCCAUAGCGGCGGUAGAUGCUAUUGUCAUACAGAUGAAGGAUAGCGAGCAAGGUGUCAUCGGCUCGCUGAUCAAUCUUCUGCGACAGUUGGACAGUUUUCUGCCACGAGUCAAGCCAGCUCAGGCACAAACAGCUGCAUCACUGCCAGACGAGCUUCGACCAGUCUCUAAUAUCAAACGCAACCUCGCUCGCCUCAUCGGUAUUCUCUCUUUCGAUGACACAACUGUUGGCAAUCAAGUUAGGCAGUACGAAGGAGUCCAGCUGCUAUUGUCAAUGACAGAAGUCGAUGAGUCCAACCCAUAUCUUCGAGAGCACGCUCUCUUCGCUGUGAGGAAUCUCAUGAAGAAUAAUCCGGCGAACCAAGCGGUCAUCGCAGAGAUGGACCCAGUCGGCAUCAUCUCGGAGUCCGGAGAACUCUUGCCCCUGCCUGAGAGACUGCGUCGGCAGAGACAAGCUGAGGCCCCGUAUGGUACAAAUGGGUCUUACAACGCAGGGAACCAUUGAGAAGUACAGUCAGACAAGCUAUACAUGCAUUAUAAUACUCGUCAG